AUGGACAAUCUCCCAGAAUACCUACAAUCCCUCCUCCAACACCCUACUAUCCAACAAUUCACGUCUUCCCCUAUCGCCUCCAACCUCGCGCACCUCCACGCGACAUACCUCGACCCCUCCGUCGCCCACAUCAAAGAGUCCUACCUCGAUCCAUCGCUCGCACACCUACGCCUCACAUACCUCGACCCAUACAUCGUGCAACCCAUCGCGCACCUCCUCGCCUCAAUGCCUGACCUUGCGUCCGUCCUUGUCCUCAUCUUCAUCCUCUUCGUCUCUUUUAAAGUCCUCGAUUAUACUCGUCGCGCCGUGAUGUUCUGGGUGUGGCUGACGAUGCGCUUGGCCUGGUGGGCGACAAUCAUCUCGCUGGGGCUGUAUAUGUACCAGGCGGGGUGGGCGAAGGUUGCGCGCGAUCUGGGGUUCGUUUUCAACUUCCUCGUGGGGCUUCUGGAGCAGGUUGGGCGUGGGAUGGAGGAGUCUACGGCGGCGCGGGCAGGGGAGAAACCUAGUCGGGGCUCGUGGCAGAGGACUUGA